GCUGCUGGAGUCUGGGUCUGGGUACUGCAGAGAUCUGACUCCAGCCGAACACAAGAAGGCAGAGAGGCGAGAGAGGAAAGAGCAGAGAGUCACACAGUCACACACACACACAGCAGCAGCAGCAAGAGGAGCAGCAGAGCAGCAGAGGAGUCGUCUGCACACCUACCGCACGCAGCCUUCACCCAGCCUUCACAUUGAAAGAGGCCAUUAGGACAACAACACCCUGAGGAGACGAAAGGAGACGGAGAGGGAGGGAGAGAGCGAGCGAGCCAGGAAAGAAGGGAAGAGACGAGGAGCAGGGGAGAGCAAACACUCGCCGUCUCAAUGGACACAGAGAACUUUCAUAGAGUGGUGCUCGGGGCGCCAUGCGGCAUUGGCGGUCUUCACCUUUUUCCUUCAAUAAAUCAUCUCACCUCGCAAACCAACUUUUCCUUUUAGAAGUUUGAGACCGUCUCUGGGAACAGCGUUGGGCUGUGUGGAAUAGAGUGGCUGUCAGCUUGGGCAGUUUUAAGACACAGAAGAGGCAGUACAGACUGUGUGAGUGUGUAUGCAGGGACACACAUCUGUGCCAAUGUUUGAGUGUGUGUGUGAGUGAGUGUGAUCUUGCAUGUGUGAAUUUGGGUUUGUAUGUAUAGUUCUGAUUAUGAUCAAGUGCAGUCUGGCAAGUGAUGAAUGUAAAUCUAGGUCUAAGGCACGACAUUUCACAGCCUUUUAAAAAAAAAUGACCACUUGUCUCUGAAGAACAUGGCACCCUUUUUAGAGAGAAGUUAUAUCUCUCCAUCGCCAGAACUGUUCUGCUUUCUCCCUUUCUGCGGCAGAAGUCAUCACUAAAGAAAUUAUCUUCAUCGGACAAAUCUUUCAGCUUCCAGAACUCUGCUGCCUGACGCAACAGGAACUCUUCAUAAGGGACUCAUCAACUUCCCGCUGGCACCUGCACCCACCGUGAAAAAGGGUGCUAUUUUUGUGACGGCCUGACCCACUGUCCUGAAAUCAGGAUGGCAGGGUGUACCAGCCGCUGUCGUCAGGGGGUGCUCAAGUUCAUGCAGUCUCUCCGGAGACUCGUUUUUGGGACGCUCAGCAAAGAUAAGCUUGACGAUGAGCUGGAGAUGACUAUGGUGUGCCAUCGGCCGGAGGGGCUGGAGCAACUGGAGGCCCAGACCAACUUCACCAAGCGAGAGCUGCAGGUCCUCUACAGGGGCUUCAAAAACGAGUGUCCCAGUGGAGUUGUGAAUGAGGAGACGUUUAAACACAUCUAUGCACAGUUCUUUCCGCAUGGAGAUGCAAGCACAUAUGCUCAUUACCUUUUCAAUGCAUUUGAUUCAACAAAGAAUGGCUCCAUCAAGUUUGAGGAUUUUGUGAUGGGACUAUCCCUCCUGCUGCGUGGAUCAACACGUGAAAAACUCGAAUGGACAUUUCAAUUAUAUGACAUCAAUAAGGACGGUUACAUUAGCAGAGAGGAGAUGACUGAGAUUGUGAGAGCAAUUUAUGAUAUGAUGGGGAAGUAUACUUACCCUGCAUUGAAAGGUGAUGUUCCCAAACAACACGUGGAUGCUUUCUUUCAGAAAAUGGACAAAAACAAAGAUGGGGUUGUAACUUUAGAUGAGUUUGUCCUGGCAUGUCAAGAGGAUGAAACCAUGAUGAGGUCGAUGCAGCUCUUUGAGAAUGUAAUAUAGAGGCAGACGGAGUGGACAAAGAUGGAAAGCAACUGGCCAUAGAGCUGACAGGAGCAAAGAAGUGCCCACAGAGAAGACCUUUUGUGUGUGUGUGUGUGUGUGUGUGUGUGUGUGUGUGUGUGUGUGUGUGUGUGUGUGUGUGUGUGUGUGUGUGUGUGUGUGUGUGUGAAGAGAGAAUGAGAGAGCAUGGGGCUUGCUAUUUAGUGCCAAUACAUCAUAUACAUGAUAAAUAAACUUACAUCUUGAGUGGCUCCCAGGGGAAAUUUAUAGUGAUCACAAUUCUUUUGGUUCUGUUUUUGAUGGAGACGUAGUCCUUGUAGAACCCUGUGUUUCUCCCCCUGUGUCUACUGAGUCAGAUUGGUCCAGAAUGGCCUGGAAUGGCCACCACUUGGUUUGACUCAACCCAAAUGACAAUUCAGUCUGUCCUCGGGCACUGUUUGGGGAACUGUCCAGCUCAAUUUACUUAUGUCUCUCUGGACACUAUCGCCUCCCGUUGGACAGAUACCAAAACUGUGACUCAGACGCUUCCCCUGCUGGUGGAAAACAGAACUGCAGUGGAAAAUAUCUUGGACUUCAUCUCACUCUCGAAUUUGCAUGUUUUCAAAUGAAGAGGCAUCCUUUGAGUUGUCUGAUUGUGAAUUUGGUUGAGCCUCUAAAUUAUAUGAAAUAUGUAUUUAUUAUUUUAUUUAUGUAAAUUAUAUAUUGUGUACAUUUUGCAGUUGGCCUCAUUCUGAUAGUUUACUGGUUGUCCAAAUUAUAUGUUCAUGACAUGUAUUGAGUGUCAUGAUAUUAUUGUUGUUGUGUGUUCUUGUGUCCUGUUGUUUGCCAAUUUUUCUGUCUGACUGUCUGUCUGUCUCUUUCUUAACGUCUUCUGCCUUGUCUAAAUAUACGUGACUCAUAUUUUUAGAAAGAUAUGAGCGAUUAGACUCAUUGAAACAUUUGUUUUAAAAACAGAUUGCAAGCGCAAAACUGCAUGAUUUUGUGUUGAGGAUAUGAAUUGCUAUGAAAUAUGGAAUCAUGAAAAUCAUGUAAAUGACUCCUGGUCUGAAAAACUAGACUGUGAUCUUGCAGUGUCCCACUGGUACAUGAAAACUGAAAAGUCUGUGACAAAGUGUGUGUGUGUGUCUUAACCACCUUACUUCACCAAACUCUGUAUAUGUAAACAUAGUAUCUUCUCCACUAUGUCCAUCUGUUGUACGGAGAAAUAGAGCAGAUAUAUAUUUUACAGACCUAAACACAUAAUUGUCACUAAGACAGUAUGUGAGCAUCAAUAAUUACAGUAUGACAUUCCUAUUUUUUGGGUGACAUACCUCAGUCAGUGUUUUAGUGUUUAUUUGCCAUUUGUGUACAUAAAAGCUUUUAUUCAGAUUUUACAAAUUCAGAAUAAAGAUUUUAUUUACUGACCUAACUGUUUACACAACACAGAGAGAUGUCCUUUUUGUGCUGGAUGAUAAUCAGCGGACAGUACAAUCUGACUGACAUUGAAAAAUACACUAAAUAUUUGUCUGUAUACAGGUAGCAUGUGAUGAAGUGAUCAGGCAAAGGCAGUGUAACAGCAUCUCUGGCAAUGUGCUGUGCAGAGCUAUGAUUAUCAAAAAAUAAAUCUUACAAGA